AUGAGAAAUUUAUCAGCAUUCAUUUUGUGUAUUAUCUCAUUCAUCAAUGGAAUAUCCUGUGACUCGAUUGAAAUUCAAGACGAUGGACCUGCUACCCUUGAUUCCCCAAUCACUUUCACAGUCAUAAAUCGUUAUCCCACACCUGCACCAUCCUUAGAAUAUCGAAUCAAAUUUGACCAGUUUCCUCAACAUGAUAAAACCAUUGUAUCGUCAUCGGUUGUAGUUGAAUACUCAGUAAUAUUUGAAUCAUCUUUAACACCGAAAGCUGAUAAAUAUACGAUGCAAGUUGAUGUAUGGUUUCUCGGUGUUGAUUCACGUUCAGUCGCAAAUGCUUCUCAUACUUUCGAGCUUUCAGAUUCUCUGGUUGGAUCUAUAACUCGUUACCAAAGAAUUUCUUAUGAAUAUUUGGUUAACAAUUUUGUUUCUACUGAAAUGCCGGUUAAACUGACUGCUGAAAUUGCUGAUCCAUCUGGAUUUUUCACGGGACGAUGUGGAAUCCCAUCAGCCAAUAUAACUUAUAAAUGGAUCAUUAAUGGUUCACCACAAGAGGAAAGCUCAAAGGUUAUUGAACCGACUUUUUCUGAGCCUCAACUGAACAACAUUUCAGUGAUUGUUUCAGCAACUAAAACCAAUGGAAGUCGUCUUAUCCAAAAAUCUGGUUCAUUCAACAUCACACUAAAUAGCAAACAUCCAAUUACUAAUGCAACUAUUGAUGGUCCCACCGAGGUUAAAGUGUUUGAAAGACUUCAACUAGACUUUAAAAUUCAUAGAGGAACACCUCCAUUCCAAUACAGAUAUUUUUUUUCGAUGGAUCAACCUAACUCCAUAGAUGAAUCAGGGAAAAUGAUCGGCAUAAAUGAAAGCUCCUUCUCAAUAAUUAAAACUUUCAGCGAAAAAGGAACAAGAGAAUUUCACAUUGCUCUUAUAAACGAUGUAUCAGCAUAUCGCAUGGAGAUGAACAUUAAAGUCCAUUAA